AGUGCAUGGCCGGGCAAGACCAUGCUAAGUGUUUAGCCAAUUAAAAUAUUUUGGUCUAGUGUGCCCUGAGCCCUGUGCCAAAAAAAAAAAAAAAACCAAAAGUUAAAUCAAUUUAUUUUUUGGAAAGGAAAGUUUUCAAUAAAAAAACGGAAGAAUUUUUUCUGCAAACUACAAUUGUACAGUUAUGGAGUUUGUAAAAUCCAAAAUCCAAAUCCCCAUUUUCAUUUUUGCAACAAUUUUUGUAGCUAUUCCUACCAUACAAGCUAACACCAUUGGACAUGUUGGAAAUCACACUACUAAAGACACUGAACAUGAUGAAUGGUUUCAAAGAAAACUAGCGGAAGCUUAUAAUGCUUCAUUGCUUGCCUACCAUCAUGACCCAAUUGAAGUCAUGAACCACUUCAACUACCAUGUCCAUAGGGCAUUGGAAGGUACCAAUAGUACAAGAAGAGGCCUGAAUAAGUACCAAGGUGAAUGUAAGGCUCAAAAUCCGAUUGAUCGUUGUUGGAGGUGCAAGGCCGAUUGGGCUGUAGAUCGAAAAAAGUUAGCCGAUUGUGUUAAGGGUUUUGGACGUCAAACAACCGGUGGUAAAAAAGGUGCUUAUUAUACUGUUACGGACCCUUCUGACAAUGAUGUGGUUAACCCUAAGCCAGGAACCCUACGUUUUGCUGUGCUUCAACCUCAGCCCUUAUGGAUUAUAUUUGCUAAAGACAUGACAAUUAAGCUUAAGGCUGAACUUAUGAUUACAAGUGAUAAAACCAUUGAUGGGCGUGGGGCCCAAGUACAAAUUGCUGAUGGAGCUGGAAUUACCAUACAAUUUGCUAAUAAUGUCAUUAUUCAUAACAUUAAGAUCCAUGAUAUUGUUCCAUCUACGGGAGGUAUGAUUAGAGACACAAAUAACCAUGUUGGUAUUAGAGGAGCUGAUGAUGGAGAUGGUAUUAAUGUCUUUGCUUCCUCCAACAUUUGGCUUGAUCAUCUUUCUAUGUGGAAUUGCAAAGAUGGACUCAUUGACAUUGUUAAGGCUUCUACUGCCAUCACUCUUUCUAACAACCACUUCACUCGACACGACCAUGUUUUGUUGUUUGGGGCCGAUGAUAAAGAUCCUGCAGAUGAGAUCAUGCAAAUAUCAUUAGCCUUCAAUCACUUUGGAAAAGGGCUUGUUCAAAGAAUGCCAAGGUGUAGAUUUGGAUUCUUCCACGUUCUCAACAAUGACUACACACAUUGGAUAAUGUAUGCUAUCGGUGGUACUUCACACCCCACCAUCAUCAGUCAAGGAAACCGAUUUAUUGCUCCUCCCAACCCUACAGCUAAAAUGAUAACAAAUCGGAAUAACGUUGUGGGAGAUGAUUGGAAAAAAUGGAUAUGGAGAUCAGAGAAUGAUCAAUUCGUAAAUGGAGCUUACUUUGUUGAAUCGGGACACCCCUUGGACGAGACGCGUUUCAAGAAGGAUUUCAUUAAAGCAAAACCAGGAACAUAUGUGAGAAGACUUACCCGCUUUUCAGGUCAACUCAGAUGUAGGGUUGGUCAAAGUUGCUAGAUGUAAUAUAUGUUUUCAUUAUUUUAUUUUUGUCGAUAAUUCAAUUCAUACAAUUUUUUUUGUUUGGUCCAAAUAUAUGUGCACUACUUGUCUUCAAAAUAAUAAUAUUGGGAGUUAUUCCCCUCUCAUGCGUAAAAUGGCAAUCAACAAACACAAUUUUCUUUUUUACAACGACACCUAGAUAGUGCGUACACAUACAGUAGUAGAAAGAGAGCAUUCUAUGGAUAUAUCAAAGUUGCCGCGAAAAAUAAACAUCAAGUUUAAUAAAAUGAACAUUAAGUGAGAUCAAA